CCAUUACAGGAAGUAAAGCAAAAGGUAAGGGAAAUGAAAUGCGAGCAGGUUUUUAUAAAAGACGAGAUGGUUCAUCGAGUGAUGGGUUAAAAAAAAUUCAGAGAGCUAUUUGUGGCGUGCCACUUUGCACACUAGAUACACGCAAAACAGCAUGGAGACACUUCUUUUUCUAUUUCCUCAAUUCAACUACAUGGGCCCAAAGGAGGAAGCGUAUUUCAAAAUGUUUGGUCCACAACACUCGCAGGCACCAAAGAUGAAGGACGAUUUUAGCAGACAGAAAGACAAGGAGAGGAAGAGCCGACUCAGCCUUUUUCUCACCAAGUCAGGCUCUCAUGAAAACGUCAGUCCCCAUAAAAAGACAAAUACGCCACCCAGCAACAUCUCACCAGAGGCGGCUUUGCAAUGGAGCGACUCCUUUGAAGAACUGCUGAAGCACUCAGAUGGGGUGGAAAGCUUCUCUCAGUUCCUCAGGACAGAAUUCAGUGAGGAAAACAUUGAGUUCUGGUUGGCCUGUGAAGAAUACAAGACCAUUGAUUCUGAGACCAAACUGCUUUCCAAAGCCAAAUAUAUUUAUACGGUUCAUAUUGAAACAGAAGCGCCUAAAGAGGUCAACAUCGACUACAACACAAAGAUGGCCAUUCAGAAGGUCAUGGCAAAGCCCACAAAGAGCUGUUUUGAAGCAGCCCAGAUAAAAAUCUACAGUCUGAUGAAAAAGGACUCCUACCCCAGGUUCCUCAACUCUGACAUUUAUCUGCGUCUCACCAGGAGGAAAGGCCCUGGGGCAACCAUGUUUCGCAGAAGGUCACGCUCCUGUGUAUUCAACGACAGGGGUGAGGCCACAAAUGAACCUUCGGCCUGGUAGAAAUGGCAUUUCAGUGUGGUCCCUCACUCUGUGAAAUAGAUUUUUAAAUAUGAGAUAUUCCGUGAGGAGCAGCAUAAUUGUUGAAACGAGCAAUGUGCUAAUUAGCCACAGGUUUGCUUCUGCAAAGUGUGUUAUUUGCUUUCUUUUCAAGAAUUUAGAAUAUUGUUACCACUCUCAAAGAUGUAAGAUGAGUAUAGCUACAGCUGCCUGGUUAGCUUAGCGUAGCAUAAAGACUGGAAAUAUAAGGAAACAGCUAGCUCGAUAUGCACACAUCUAUAGCAAAAUACACCUAGCAUUAGGCUAAACAUAGCUCGUUUUAUAAUCUGAUCAUUGACUGGAUAAAUUAAAUGAGGAUAUCCACUGUGAUGCAGUCCAUUGGACGUUUGGCAUUUUAGCCUUCUCCAUCUUAUUUGUCUGAGACCAGAAGUGACCAUAUUUGAAUGAUAGGGUGGAGCUAGGGAGAGCGAGGAACUAGCUUAAGUUAGUGCUAGCUAGCUACUGACUUGGUUUGCAGGGUACAUCUUAAGUUUAAGCUAAAUGUGGUAUACAUUGGGAAGCGUAUUUUGUUUAAGUAAAAAUGUGCCUAUAUAACAAGUAAGACAUUACAUAUUGGGUUGCAGGAAUUAUGCAGAAACUUCCUGCAGUCAGUUCAGCUAACUGUAUCUCAUACAUAUCAGGCUGAGCUAUGCUAUCUGGUAGCUUUUUAUCUAUCAUAGACAAUUGGUAUACAUUUUCUCAUUUCACUCUUUGUGUCAUCUUGGCAAGAAAGUGAAUGAGUGUAUUUCCUAAGAUGUCAAACCAUUAGUAAUUUACUACGUGCAUCUGUACAAGAGAUGUCACCACUAGCCUUUCAGCCAUAAGAAUACGUUCGAAAUGAUACAAGGCCUGUAAAUAAUGUUCACCCUCUGGCCAAUCAGAACUGAUAAUUCACUUUGCACAUAUGGAACAAUGUCUUUAUUUUCUUUCUUGGGGCAACAGACUGCGUGUGGUUUAAACCUUUAUUGAAGAAUUUGUUGUUACUUUAAAUCUUGCAAAACUUGAAUGACAGGCAGUGGGAUGUUUAGAGACCGAAUCUCAGUUGAAGUGACUCAACGCUACUGACAGUACCCAGUCAGCCGUACAGCCAGCCACACGGAGGCCACUCUCCUUCUUCAGAGGCAUUAUACUUCAGUUGCUUUGUCUUCUAAACCAGCAAUAGCAUCCUAUACGUCCAUAAUACAGUGGAAAUGGCAGGCUAAUUCGGCAAUUUCUCAUUAAAAUGGACUAGAUUUUAUCCCUGGCACUGUCAAAACACAUUUCGGUCUACCUUGCAGUGAAAGCCUGCACCCAAGGUCACUGCAAAGCACUGAAAGGUUUUUAUGAGGGAUAUAUAUAUCUCUCUUUAUAAGGAAUAAAAAUGUAUCAUAUUUUCACUCAGAAAAUCCAUAUCUUAUUUGAAUACUAAUAUGAAAUGAUAUGACUUAUGAUUGCUGCUUUUUCAGUUUGCUGCCAUCUAAUAUAAUUUAUCUAUGCUCAUAUGUUGCCUUGCUGUUGUAAAAUGUACAUACUAAACUCAAAUAAACACUUUCCUAAUAAAGCGGUUUUAAUGAG